AUGACAAAUUUGGGGCCAAAGGGCAACGUUUCAGAGACAGAGAACCAGAGUCUGGGCGAAAGAUUUGCAGCCGUCGUUACAUCAAACAGUUCGAACUCAGCGAUGUUUCGGCUUCCUUGCGCCGCCGUCCGCCGUCAACUUCAGGUGACCGCCACUCUCGGCCAUAGUCGGACCGCCGCCGCCGCCGCCUCGAGUCCACACUUUCUGGGUUUUGUCAAACCCGAUUCCGUCUCCUCCGUCGGCGCCGACGAUCCCUCAUCCCUAACCACCUCCUUGCUCACGAGAUCGUGCGGGAUCUCCGACCAUGCCGCCCUCUCCAUCUCCAAGAAAGUCCAGCUCGACGCCCUCGACAAAGCGCUCUCGGUGCUCGCCGUCCUCAAGGACUACGGCUUCGGCGAAGCUCAUCUCGUCCGCCUCGUCGACCGCCAUCCUCCUGUCCUCUCGAUGGACGUCGAGAAGACCCUGAAGCCCAAGCUCGAGUUCUAUUGCGGGAUUGGCCUAGUCGGAACCGCCCUUCCGGAGAUCCUGUCAGUGAGCCCCCGGCUCCUGACGAGCAGCUUGGAGAAGCGAUUGCUCCCCAACGUUGAGCUCCUCAAAUCGAUCUUGAAAACGAAUGAGAACCUCGUGGAUGCCCUAAAGCACGAACCUCGGUUGAUGACCUUAGACAUCAGAACCAAAGUGCUUCCCAAGCUCGAUGCUCUGCGCGCAUACGGCGUGCCCGAUGAUGUAAUCUUAGUGCUUUUGACCCGUUACGGCUACGCUUUGCUGAUAGAUACAUCUCGAUUCAAUGAGGCCUUUGAUGAGAUAAAGAAGAUGGGCAUCUGUCCGAAGAAAACGACGUUUGCCCAUGCCCUUGGGGUGCUCGCUCUAUUGCCCAAGAAGAUAUGGCAGGAGAAAGUGGAGAACUUGAGGGAAUUGGGGUGGUCACAGAAUCAUAUCUUGGAGGCCUUUGCAAGGUUUCCUUACAUUGUGCGGGCAUCGACUGAGAAUAUAAGGAAGACCCUGAAGUUUGUGGAAGAGAAGCUGGCAUGGACUCCGGAAAACACUGUGAAGUAUCCAACAGUUCUGUUGAUGAGCCUGGAGAAGAGGAUGAUGCCCAGGUUUGCCGUCCUGAGCAUUCUCAUGCACAAGGGAUUAAUCAAGCCUGGCUUCACAGGGUAUCAUUUUCUGACGUCGAGCAAGAACUUCCAGAUGGCAUUUGUGACCAAGUAUCAAGACAAAGCCCCGGAGAUAGUUGAAGCUUAUCAAAGAAGUGAAAUCGGAUAGAUGUCUAGACAAAUCUCCUAACAAGCAAACUCUUCUGCAAGACGGGCCAAUGGUAAGCAGCCAAGGUUUUCCUCUUACACCAUCCCUUGAGAUGAUCUGAAUUGUUUUGCUAGAUUUCGUUGUGUUAACUUAAACUCAGUUUAUGGCAUGUUAUUUGUUGCUUAGAGUAUGAUUGAAAUGAGUACUAUUAAGUUUUUGAAAGUUGAUGUUUGAUUGAUCUA